AUGGUGUUCAGCAAGCUGAUAUCAGUACAACUGGACUAUGCUCCUCAAUACCAUUUAACCAAAUAUGUCUCUUCAAGAACUCGUCUUCAACUAGUGCAUAUUAAUCAUAAAACUUCACCGCUAGUGCAAGGUUACUUCGCAGUGGCUACAGAAUGUCCAACUGACUCAGGAGCUCCACAUACGUUGGAACAUUUGGUCUUUAUGGGGUCUCAAAAAUACCCAUAUAAGGGACUUUUGGACACAGCUGGUAAUUUGUGUAUGUCUUCAACAAAUGCAUGGACAGCCACUGAUCAAACGGUUUACACAUUAACCACAGCUGGUUGGCAAGGCUUCAAAAAGUUGCUACCGGUUUAUUUGGAUCACAUUCUAAAUCCUACGUUGACUGAUGAAUCAUGUUUAACCGAGGUUCAUCACAUCGAUCCAGAUCAUUUGAGUGAUAAAGGUGUUGUAUAUAGUGAAAUGGAAGCCAUUGAAACUCAAAGUUGGUUCCUUACUAUGUUAGAAAAGCAAAAGCUAUUGUUUCCUCAUGGUAGUGGUUACAGAUCGGAGACAGGUGGGUUAACUACUCAUUUGAGAGAAUUGACUAACGAUGAGAUUAGGAAGUUUCAUGAAGUCUCUUAUUCCCCAGAAAACUUUUGUAUCAUUGUUAGUGGUAACGUACCUGAAGAGGAAUUACUUUCUAUCGUUGGUGAAUGGGAUGAUGAAUUGCCCACUUUUAAUAAUCCUUCUUAUAAGAGGCCGUUCUUGGAUACUGAAAGCGCUAAGAUUCCUGCUAAGUUGUCCAAUUCAGUGGAGAGUACGGUAGAAUUUCCAGAAGCAGAUGAGAGUCAAGGUGAAUUGUUAUUUGCUUGGAUUGGUGAACCUUAUCAUUCUUAUAGAAGAGAUUUGGCUCUAUCCAUGUUGAUGGAUUAUUUUACGGAAACUGCUUUGGCUCCUCUCACUAAACAGAUGGUAGAAAUUGAAGAUCCAUAUGCCAAUGCUAUAGAUUGUUGGUCAGACGAUUUUGUUAGAACUAUCAUAAAUUUGAACAUUCACGGUGUACCCACUGAAAAAUUGCAAGCUACUAAGCUGAAAACUCUAGAAGUUUUGAGCACACACGAGAUUGACUUAGGUAGAAUGAGACAAGUUGUGGAUAAUGCUAAAUGGGACUAUGUCCUUAAAGUAGAAAAAAGUGGUGAUGCUAUCUUAUCUCAAGCUGCCAUUACCGAUUUCAUUUAUGGACAUUUGGAUGGGUCCUCUCUAGAGACUACUUUAAAGGACUUAACAGAUUUUGAAUAUUUAUUAGAGUGGACCCAAGAAAUGUGGCAAACCCUUCUGCAAGAAACCUUUGUAGACAAUAAACCAGUAAUUGUUAUCGGUAAACCUAGUGUCAAAAUGAAUAAACGUUUAGAGACGGAUGGAAACGAUUUGAUCAAACAAAGAGAAGCCGAAUUUGGAGUCCAUGGUAAGGCCCUAUUACGCGAACAAUUGCAAAAUGCAAUUGCAUGCAAUGAUGAGCCAAUCCCCGUUUCUUUAUUGAAGAGCUUCUCUUUGCAAGAUCAUGCCCAGGCUGUUGAAUUCAUUAAUACAAAGAGCAUUACGACAUUGGAUAAUUUUGAAUAUAAUAACAACGGGGAUGAAAUUACUCGUCGUGUUCUCGAAGCUAAACCAAGAAAUUUUCCUUUCUUCCUUCAUUUGGAGCAUUUCCCCACACAGUUUGUUGAAUUACAUGCGUUAGUUAAUACUAGAAUCAUUAAGGAUACCAGUCUCUUGCCUUACUACCACGUUUUAGAUGAGAUGUUUUCUAUGCCUAUGGUGGAAGAUGGUCAGUUUAUUCCCUAUGAAGAUGUAAUUUUGAAAUUACAACGUGAGACUGUGGAUGCGGAAGUAAGUCUUGGUCUCCAAGGUACAGCUCCUGAUUUCAUUGAUUUUAAAAUUAGAUGUAAAGCAGAAAAUUAUUCAAAGGCAGUGGAAUGGAUCAAGCACUGUCUUUUCGAUAUGGUGUUUGAAGAAAGUCGUGUGCGUGUUUUGCUCGAUAAUUACUUGACUUCUAUUGUUGAAGUAAAGAGAGAAGGUGAUUUGAUGCUUGAAUCUUUGACUGGCACUCACUUGUAUACUGAAAGAUCUGUCAAGAGAUCUGUGGAUCCCUUGUUUGUCGAAGAGAUAUUGGGAGAAGUUUUAGAUGACAUUGAAAAUGGUCAUUAUGAAACUAAGAUUUUACCUAAAUUAGAAUUGGUCAGAAACGAACUGCGAGCAGCCUUCUCGAAAUAUCACUUGCUUGUGCUUGCAGAUGCCACUAAGAUAGGUCCAGAUAUCUAUAAGCCUUGGGAAAGUUUGGCUAGGGCUUUGGGUAACAUUCCAGAGAAUCAUGUUGUACACGUCCCACCCGCACCAAGACUAUUGGAUGCAACUUCCUCUCUAUGCAAAUCACCAGGAGAUAAGGCAUUCAUCAUUACUACUCCAGCUUCCGAAUCAGCUUAUAUGAACAUUGUCACAUCAGUGCCUUUUGACCUAGACUACAGACAUCCCGAUUAUCCGAUCGUCUCUUUAGCCGCUGAAUAUCUACAAUCCGUUGAGGGGCCAUUCUGGAAGGGUAUUCGUGGUACUGGUUUGGCAUAUGGUGCUAGUAUGAUCAAAAUGACUGAGGCAAAUUCUCUAGGUUUUAACAUCUACCGUGGUUCUGACGUUGUUAAAUGUUAUCAAGUUGCCAAGGAUAUUGUAACUCAGCAUGCAUCAGGUGCAGUGCCAGUCAAUGUCGAGCUCCUUGAGGGUGCUGUCAGUAUGAUAAUUAACAGUAUUGCGUCAGUAGAGAAAGGGUACUUUUCUGCUGCUGUAUCCAAAUACAUUGACAAUUUCAUCCUUCAAAGAGGUCCUAAUUUUAACGAUUAUUAUUUACAAAAAUUAGGACAGGUUACUGUUCAAGAUAUUCAGGAUGCUUUUAAGAAGUAUUUCGUAAAUCUCUUUGAUAGCACCAAAAGUAUUGUCUUUGUUAGUUGCCAUCCAUCAAAAUUAGAAAAUGUGCAAGAAUUUCUGGAAAAGGAGGGAUUCCAAGUUGAAGUUAAAGAAUUGGAGGACGACGAAGAAGAAAGUGAGGUUGAAUUUGAUUAG